UCUGACAGAAGUAUAGAAGUCAUAUGAUUUUGCUGCAGCAUUGAAGGUGUGUUAUAAUAUUGUUACUAGUUUUCUUGUUGGAAACCCGAGAGGAGUGAUAAAAUGCCUGUGUGUGGACCUAAACUUUCCCUUUGCGGGCUCAUCAUGAGCAUUUGGGGCAUCAUCCAAUUGUCCCUUAUGGGAGUCUUCUACUAUAUCCAUUCUGUGGCUUUGGCUGAAGAUCUACCACUACCUGAGGGUGAAAUCAAGGAUCCUGCCGAAUUCUACAACGACGUGGAUGUGGCUUACACCCAGAACGCAUAUAACUGCUGGAUUGCUGCUUGCUUGUAUGUGGUAACCUUGGCCAUCUCGGGACAUCAAUUCUGGGCCAACAGCAGAUCAUCACUCAGUGUAUAAGACAAAUUAUAAAGUAUUGUUUAUAAUGUAUAGUACCUUUAAAUUUAUCAUACUGUAAAGCAUUUUACUUAUUAGAUAGAUCUUGUCAUUCCAUGUAUUAUUUAAAGAAAAAAAAAUUAAGUUACUGGCAAAAUAACAAUCAACAGUGCUCGUUUAGUUAUUUAGCAGCCAAUUUCAUUUGUAGGCAAGAAAUAAAUGCAAUAAUGUGUUAUUA